CUGCUGGCGGCGGCGGCGGGGGCGGUGUCGGGGGCGGCGCGGCGCUGCCUGGAGGCGGCGCUGUGGGUUUCGGGUGCCGUGAGCGUGCACGUGGACGGCUUCGACGAGUUGUGCCCGGCCUUCAAGAGCAAGAUGCUGCGACUGCUGGAGAUGCUGCUGCAGGACACGAAGGCGGCGCUGGUGUGGGUCUCGUCCAGACCGGAGAUCGAAGCAUCGCUGCACGUCACUCUGCGCUGUCCGUCCGUGUCAUUGACGUCCAUCACUCGGGAAGAGCAGCAUCAUUACUUGUACACUCGCUGGGCCUUUGAGUCGCAGUUCAACAUUCUCAGCGCCAAGCAGUCGGCAGACAAGGUGAUCACCGCUAUGGCCCGUCACGCGCCUGAAGAUCAGUCAACCAGCGGGCUUUUGGCAGCUCCCUUGCAUUUGGAAAUGGUGGCCGAGAUAUUUGCAAAAGCCCAGCCUGCCUCUUUGGAAGGAGACUUGAACCUCAAUGUCUGCGAGCUGUACCAGAAAUUCGUCCAACUUAAAGAAGACGACUACUUGAAGAAGCAUGGAUUUGGUGAUGCGAAUCUUGAAAACUUUGCUUGUUACGACGAUGACUACUUUAGCCGCCUUCACAAAAACUGCGCCAUGUUUUUGCUGGUUGCAGAUAAAGAGUUCAAAGGCAUUGACAUUAAACCCUUUGAAAACUUCAUCAACAAGAAGCAGCAAGCUUUACUAAAAGCGAAGACGGGAAUAAUGUGGAUGGACGAAGAUCUCAGCGUUCACUUCGUCCACUACUCUUUCGUCGAGUUCUUCGCGGCCUCCUGGCUCAGCGAGAACAUCACCUCCGAGCCCGCGCGGGCCGUGGUGAGGUCUCUGUACGACAGCGAAGGCAGCGACAACAUGAACACUUUCCUCAACUGGAUGCUGACUGAA